CCCACCUUCACAUGCGCUUUUCUCCACUUGAUCCACCAUGAGCGUCAGCGUCGAGCAGCCGCUGCACUUUGGCCAGCAGCUCUCAAGCCCGUCGCGCUCGCCCAACCACCUGCUUCAUGCACACACGCCCGCCUCUCCCCCACCCCAGCCUGCCGCCGACAUGGACACGAGCACCUCAGUCCACACAUGGCCCCCCGCCGGCCAGAACCACGACCGGGACGAUGCCGAGAUGCAAGACACGGAGCAGCCCGCCCAGCGCGAUGCCUCGACAAACACCGUCGCUGUCCAGGUCUCGGCCAUAGACGACGAUGCCAUGGACGUCACGCCCGACGCUGAACCACACGCAUUACUACCGAAUGGCCCCCCUGCCCAAGCACAGGCCGAUGCCGCCAUCACUACACCACUGCUGCCUAUUCCAGGCGAUGCUGCUGAUGCUACCCGAAACAUGGACCCUCCUCCCCCCGGGGACCCGGCCUCAAUGCCUCCGCCCGCCCUUCUCAACAUACAGCCGCCGCCUCCGCCGCCCCCGGUCGAUCCCGUACGUUCCGAUAGCGAUUCCUCGGACGAUGACGACGGGGUUCCGCCGUGGCACCAGCUCCAAGAGGACUGGUCGUCGCCCGACGAAGAUGAACUCAAAUACAUACAAGAGCGAGGCGAACAUAGUGCUUUGGACCACGAAUACUGGGAGAAGGAGGCGUUCAAGCCGCUCGAGGACCCGGAAUAUACUGCUGGUGAGACGGGUCGCAUUCACUGGACCAUUGACGCCUACAAUGGAACACGGGAGAAGCCCAACCAUGAAAUUGUCAUGAAAUCUGACGUGGUCAGGAUUGGCGGACACGAUUGGCAGAUCAAGUUUUAUCCUAAGGGCAAUGACUCCGACUACCUCAGUGUCUACCUAGAGUGCUUGAGCGUCAUGGAUCCAAAAGAUAAGAAUGACGAAGAAGCCGAUGGUGACACGCCCGCACAAGACGCCAGCGAGCUCGGAGAUGGAGACAAUACUGGAGAUGCUUCAACACUUGCCGGACGUGCGCCAAACGGUACGGACAAGGUGUUGGCGGAGCCCGGGGCCUUUGCAUCGGAGCAGCAGCAUGGGAAGGCUGGGCCGACACCCAACAAGGCGGCGGCCCCACUUCCCCGAGUCGAAUACCAGCAUGCCCCUAUACCGCUUCUUGGAUCGAAAAAAAUGCCCAAGCGAAACAGUGUGGCUGCGCAGAUAUCCGUCGUCCUAUACAAUCCGACAGAGCCUCGCGUCAACUAUUCACGCAAUGCACUACACCGCUUCUGCAGUGGCUCACCAGAUUGGGGCUGGACUAGGUUUCACGGACCCUAUUUCGAAAUCUGCCGCCGUAUGCAUGGCCAGCGAAUGGCGCUGCUCCGGGAGGAUAAGCUCGCUUUCACUGCGUAUAUUCGCGUCAUCAAAGACGACACUGGCUGCUUGUGGGAGCACCCUAUUCGGGAAAACCCCUGGGACAGCUUUGCCAUGACUGGAUUGCAAGGCCUCGCACUCGGAGAAGAUGCUAGUGCGCCCGGCGGUAAUAUGAUCUCUGCAGUCGCAUCCUGGAUGCUCUUCAAGCCCUUCCGAAAGCUCUUGUACAGCAUAGACGUGGCAGAUCCCAAUGAGCAACCCCUAGUUCGCCCCAGGCCGCUUGUCGCUGCGUUCCAGCAAGUCUUGUACAUGCUACGAACCCAAGUAGACCCAGGAGCCGGUCCAGUCGGCCUAGACGACAUCUUGGAUGUUCUGGACUGGUAUGGUAUACACGAAGGCCUCAGCAAGCUCGACGUGGUUGAGACAUGGGAGGUGCUACGUCUCAAGCUGGAAGAGGAGCUUCAAAACACACCUCAUCUGGACACACUCCAAGCAAUUUGUGGCACUAAGCGCGAUCAUUCAAGCGGCGUGCCAAGUUAUCGCGUGUCUGUCGUGGGCGUAGAGAGCAUGCAGAAAGCUGUAGACAGCUCGAAUGGCUUCACUCUUUCUGGGCAACAACUCCCUGAGCUAUUGACCAUUGAGCUGGAGCGACACGCCUUCGAUGGCGCAAAGACACGUUCGCACAUCAAGUUGCUCAACAAGGUUACAUUGAAUGACCACAUAACAGUCAGUGGCACAUCCUAUACUCUGUACGGGUUUGUAGUUCACAAGCAAACUCUGCAGUCGUAUGUUUACCAGCCAAUUCUUCGGCCAGAAGGCCCCGGAUCUCGUUGGUACAGCUAUUCUGACAGCAAAGACGAGAAUCAAGUCAGAUGCCUCCCGAAACGCCUUGCUGUUGACGCACACGAGGGCAGACCUGGCACAGAUCAGGUUGUCGGCAAUGAUCCAGUAGCGUAUGUUGCAAUGUAUGUGCGUGACGACAUAGCCCCGUCUACUUUUGUGCCGGAAGCCGAGGCCGAGCAAUGGGACGUGCCGGAGUGGAUCAAGCUAGACAUUGAGAACAGAAAGACCCCUAGGGCCCACACACCAAUACCAACACUGCCUCUCGAUCACGUGGUACCCGAAGGCGCCAAAGCAGCCGCAGCAGACACAGCAGCAAAGCCAUCAAAGACUUUGGGUUUCCAAAUCAUCGAUUCUCGAGCAUUCCUUAAACAUGAAGGGCCCGGCCUCUUGGACACUUUCGACCACAAGUGGGCAGACGCGAACUCUGAAUUUAUCCAUACAGUGUUUUUGUCCAGCCGCGAUGGCUGCAAAGAGAUCCGUGCGAAAUUGAAGGAUGUCCUCACCAGUGUCAAAGAUGAGCGACAGAUAAAAUUUUGGUUUAUGGACCCAAUGCCGAACCUUCUUGGUACUGGGAAGAUUGAGUACUCUGCCGGUAGCUACGACCGAUACACAGACACCAAAGAGUGGACACUGGAAGAGUCUCCUGUCGCAUAUCGGAGGCUAUGGGUACAUGUCAUCGAUUAUGAAAAGCUUCCUGAGCUACCCAAACAAGUCAAUGGCGUGUCUGAGGUACCAACCCCAGACUUUCCUUCUUCGGCUCAUCAGGAAUCUCAAGGAGACGUGGAAAGCUUGCAAGUGAAUGGAAACAUUAGUGGACAUCCAUCAACUUCUCCACUAGUCCAAGUACCUGCAAGAGCAGAAGACACGCCUAUGAGUGAGCCCGAAGAGCCAGCUGCUGUACAACACGACCAUUCCAGACCUCCCAUGACACAGCCCGAAACCCCGCUACCCACAGAGGUCAUUCAAGCCGGCGAUGCUGCCAUGAUUGAAGUAGAAGCGACUCCUGCGACAGAUCCGCCAGCUGUUGACGUAUACAUCCCAAGCGUGAUUCCUGGUGACACAGAAAUGGGUGGCACGCAGGAGCAAAUGCCGCCACCUCCACCUCCCCCAGUCGACCUACCCACCGAGCCUGUACAGCCACCCCCACCAGUACGCACACCUUCACCUGAGCCACCAGCGGACGAAAUUUACUUCUUCCUGAAGUUUUGGAACCCAGAAAAGCAAGCCCUCGAGUCGCGAGGUUCGCACAUCACCCUCAAGUCCCAGAGAGUUGAUGAGACAGUCGUAGCAUUGCUUGGACUCCCAGCAGAAGAGAAGAAGAAACUGGAAAUGUGGGAAGAAGUAGACAUCAGUACUACGCGUACCCUAAAACAUCGCCGUACUUUUACGCAACUCGAUCUACACAAUACAAGCAUCCUCAUCGCCGGGAUGCCUGUUACUGCUGAACAAAAGAGUACACUCGCCGACCGUGCCGCCUUUGCAGAUCCACAAGCAUAUAUGAAGUUCCGCGCUUUCGCCCGAAACUUUCCUCACAAGUUGCACGGUCACUUCACAUACAACUACUUCUCGGGCGAAUACUACAAGGGCGAGAUUGUCAACGGCUACCGUCAUGGCCAUGGAACCCUCAUCUAUCACUCUGGUGCCAUUUACAAUGGUUCCUUCCGCCUGAAUCAGCGCCAUGGCCACGGUCUGUACACGUUUCAGAACGGCGAUACGUAUGAUGGCGAUUGGGUCGACGACCAGCAACAUGGCACUGGUACAUACGUCGAGGCGACCAGCGGCAACACGUAUGUUGGUGGAUGGCAGAACAAUAAAAAGUUCGGCGAAGGCGUCACCCAUUGGAAGAAUGCGCAAGAAGCAGAAAGGCUGUGUAGGAUCUGCUGGGAUGGUGAGGCUGAGGCCGCUUUCUACGACUGUGGGCACGUUGUCGCUUGCCUCACAUGUGCGAGAGAAGUGCAGAACUGUCCCGUCUGCCGCAAGCGGGUGCUGAGCGCGAUGAAGCUCUACUAUGUGGCAUGAACCUGAAAUCAAGUUCACGUCGUGACAUGACAUUACCAUAGGCUAGUCAACAAACUGACGGGCUUUUUUGCUUUUUGGGGAGUUUUGGAUAGGUCACAGGCAAGGCAGAGAAUGGGGUUUCGCGAGAACGGGGAACGGUGGCGAGUUCGGUUUAUCUUGGGGGAACAGGCGUCCAUUUUUUGAUACUCCCCACCUUCUUUGGUUCUUCUUCUACUGUUUUGUUUUUUCUCUUCUCAUGUCUUGUCUUGUCUUGUCUUCACUUCUUUCUUUCAACUUCACCCUUUUUUUUGGAUAUCCC